CUUGCUCUUUAUCCCUUCAUCGCCGUGCCAACCACAAAUGCCAACAAGCACGAAUCUCAACAUUAGAAGACGACUCCAGCUCCCACAACCAUCCGCACCUCGCACAGCCCACAAGAUCAACACCACCACGCCACCAGGGCACCAGGGCACCCCGACAUGUUAGACCGCUCCCAACCCUCUCCCACUCCCAAUCCCGACCAGACCAGUAUCCAACUCGCCAUUCCACAACAGCCUAGCCACAAGCAAAGCCAGUACCAACAACCCAACCCACCACCACCCUGUCGUCGCCAAACCAUCGCCCAAUCUCCGCCUCACAUCUCAAGUCUCUCUCUCUCAUCCGCCUGCCACAACUCAACCAAUCAGUACCAUUCGGUAUCUCCAUCACGGCACCCUUCCAUCAACCCUGGCACCAACCAUCCAACCAACAUGGACAGGCUCGACCUCAACAUAUUCCUCGAUUGGCCCGGCAGGGAAAAGGAGACAACAUUCGCAACAGUCACGCCAAAGACUACAGCUCUCGCCGUCGAGAAAGGCAAUGCCACUCGCACCAGCGGCUCACCUCCAGCGCCAUCGCCUCCCCGCACAGCCGCCCGCGGCAAGGGAUCACGACCGAGAAGCAGACAACAGCACACGAGCAGCGACAUAACCGACAAAUACAUGGCAGCCACGAUAAGAGAAGAGAAUAGGACAAGAGAGCCUGUCGAGGCUAGAGUAGGGGUUGCGAAGAUUUGUACCUGUCUGUCUUGUAGCUUUCUUUUCUGUGGCGGCGUGGGGGUGGAAGCCACGGGAUUGUCUCGACCCGGGCCUGGACCUGGAUGCCUGGAUGCCUGGAUUCCUGGAUUCCUGGACCUGGAACUGGAACUGGAACUGGAACCUAGAGCCUGGAACCUGGGACCUAGGACCUCCCUGACCUCACCGGCCUACUUGGAUCCUGGGAACGUGGCUUUCACCUAAGGUGCUGUUUGUAUCCUGUCGUCUUACAGUCAUGUAGCUUGUAGGGUCGGGAGUGGUUGCAUC